AUGAGUAGUGGGGGGGGAAACACCCCGGAGCCCUCCUCAGGGGGCGAGACUCUGAAGAGGAAGGACUGUCCGUCAGACCUGGUGGGGCCCAGCCCUAAGAGGAGCACAGAGAAGAGGAACCGGGAGCAGGAGAACAAGUACAUCGAGGAGCUGGCCGAGCUGAUCUUCGCCAACAUCAACGACAUGGACGACUUCAACGUGAAGCCGGACAAAUGUGCCAUCCUCAAAGAGACGGUGAAGCAGAUCCGGCAGAUCAAGGAGCAAGAGAAAGCUCCGGUGGAGGAUGCUGAGGAGGUGCAGCAGGCGGACGUCUCCUCCACAGGACCGGGGGUCAUCGAUAAAGACGCUCUCGGGCCCAUGAUGCUGGAGGCUCUGGACGGCUUCUUCUUCGUGGUCAACAUGGAGGGAAACAUCGUGUUUGUGUCGGAGAACGUGAGCCAGUAUCUGCGCUGCCAGCAGGAGGAGCUGAUGAACACCAGCGUCUACAGCGUGCUGCACGUCGGAGACCACGCAGAGUUCGUCAAGAACCUCCUGCCCACCAGCCUGGUGAACAGCCGCAGCAGUGACUCUUCGAACAGGAACAGCCACACGUUUAACUGCCGUAUGUUGGUCAACCCUCACGCUGACGCUGAAGCCGACCAGCAGGAGGCGCCGCAGCAGAAAUACGAAACCAUGCAGUGUUUCGCCGUCUCCGAACCCAAGUCUAUCAAAGAAGAGGGGGAAGAUUUCCAGUCUUGUCUGAUCUGUGUGGCGAGAAGAGUCGCCGUCAAAGAGAGACCUGUGAUGCCCACGUACGAGAGCUUCACCACGAGGCAAGACCUCCAAGGUAAGAUCACGUCUCUGGACACCAGUCUGCUGCGGGCCUCCAUGAAGCCGGGCUGGGAGGAUUUGGUGCGACGAUGCAUUCAGAGAUUUCACCUGCAGAACGACGGGGAGAUGUCCUUCGCUAAGAAACACCAGCAGGAGGUGCUGAGGAUCGGCCACGCUCUCAGUCCUCUGUACAGAUUCUCUCUCGCUGACGGCACCAUCGUCUCGGCUCACACUAAGAGCAAACUGGUCCGAUCGCAGGCCACCAACGAGCCUCAGCUCUACAUGUCCCUGCACAUCCUGCAGAGGGAGAAUAUGACUGUGGAGAUACCAGGAGGGCAGGGCAUAUCCAAACCAAUGACCCCCACCAGUGUGCGCGGCCCCUCCCCUUCCCCUGAUGCCAGCGUCACCAGCAACACCCCAGUUCGUGGUUUGGGGGUCGUUUCGGGGCGGGGAAGCAGCCCUAAAGCAGUGAAACUGGGCAGCCCUUCACCCCAGGGAAGCCCCAACGUCUCCUCCGCCAUUUUGUCCCCUCGUCAUCUCCCAAACCCCUCUGGGUCUUUCUCUCCUGCAGCUGGACUCCAUUCUCCAGCGUCUGUUUGCAGCAGCACGGGAAACAGCCAAGGGUUCAAUUCCCUCAGUGCACUGCAGGCAGUCAGUCAGGGGCACAGGGUUUCCCAAGGACUCACCGAGGGGCAGUGUACAGACAGGUCACCUGACAGGAAGUCGAUUGGCAUCCAGAGCCCUCAAAACACUCAAAACACUGAAAACAGCAAGAAUAAUCAAAGCUUGGAGGCGGAUUUAUUGGGAACUUUUGGGCAGCAGCAGCAGGAGGAGUUGUUGUCCCCGAAUCAGGAGGAGGAGAAGGAUAGUGACCCCGAUAGCUCCGAAAAUAACGGGAGUUUAGGGGAGGGAAAUCGCCCGAUGAACACAAAAGGCCACACUAAGCUUCUUCAACUCCUCACCACCAAAUCCGAGCCCCCAGAUCCUUGCUCUUCUCCCCCUUCAGGCGACGACCAAAAGGACCAAAUGGGAGGUUUGGGUGGAUCCGGGAAUAACAACCACUCCACCUCGCUGAAAGAGAAACACAAAAUCCUCCAUAGACUCCUCCAGAACAGCACUUCGCCCGUGGAGUUGGCCAAAUUGACGGCGGAGGCGACGGGAAAAGACCCCCUGGGUGGGGAGGCAACUUCUGGGGACAAUAUGGCCGCCCUGGGGGACAUCAAACAGGAACCUGGGAGCCCCAAAAAGAAGGACAAUGCGUUGCUGCGCUACCUGUUGGACAGGGACGAUAACGGCAUCCUGGAUAAAACCAUCAAGAUGGAACCAGGCGAGGAACCGCAGCUGGCCAACGUGAAGAUAGAGAAACAGGAAGUGGGAUUUAACAUGGCCGACCAGGCCAGUGAGCUGGAGGAGCUGCUGGAGGAUCUGCAGAGCGGCCAGCAGCAGCAGCUGUUCCCAGGUCAGCCUCCAGUCAGGAGAGCAGCCCCCUCCACCUCUUCCUCCUCCUCCUCUUCCUCUCUACCUCCUGCUCCCCCUGUGGACAAACAGAGCAUCAUCAGUGACAUCCUGCUGAUGACGGAGGGCAGCAGCAGCCCCCCCCCCCAGGCCAGAGGCUUCCCGUCCCCCGGACCUGCAGGAUUUAACGUCAGACCGGUUCAGACGGGCCGCUGCGCUCCGGUCCGCAGCUCGUCUCUGGACAGCUCCGUCAGACCCUUCCCCCCCCAGCACAGAAACACCCCCCCCUACUCCUUACUGCAGCAGCAACAACAACAACAACAACAACAACAACAACAACAACAACAACAACAACAGCAGCAGCAGCAGCAGCAGCAAGCUAUGAUGGGAAAUCAUGCAGGAAUGGCCAACCAGGCUGCGAUGGCCAAUCCAGGCAUGCUGGGUAACGGUGCGAUGCGGGGCUCCAUGCAGCAGGGCUGGGGUCCCCAGGGGCCGAUAGGGGGCACUGCGGGGGGGGCGAUGAUGGGCCACGGGGUCGUACAAGGUCGCAUGGUGCCCAACCACGGUGCGCUGCCCAACAGAGGGCCGCCGGGAUCCAGAACCAUGGUCAACAUGCAGAUGAUGGGCAACGAAAUGGAGAUGGCUGCCCCCGCAUACCCUCAUCAACAAGCGCCGCCCAAUCAGACGGCACCGUGGCCAAACCGAAUGAUAGCCAUGGAUCACUAUGGAAACCAAAGCAGGCCACCGUACCAGGAGGACGGGCUGCGGUGCUGCGAGGCCCCCCCCGACGAGAGAGCGCUGCUGAACCAGCUGUGCUCCGUGUUGAAAGACUACGAGGGUCUGGAAGAGAUCGACAAGAUGCUGGGGAUCCCAACGCUGGCUGGACAGGGUCACAUGUCAGAACAGUACCUGGUCUCCUCAGAUCACAACAUGAAGCCCCUCCAUUACUCCCAGCACUACGGAGACCCCCCUGGUUACGGCUCCAUGACUCAUGAUGUGGGGUACCACGGCCACAUGGGGAGGAUGCCCCCUGCUGGGUACCCCCCUAUGAUGAGGAUGCCGGGGGGGCCCCGAGCGGGGGGGAUGAGGCCGGUGGGGCCCAAUCCUGGGGGGCCGCAACCCAACAACCUGAGGCUCCAGCUGCAGCACCGCCUGCAGGCUCAGCUGAACCGUCAGCCAAUGGGGAACCAGUUGAGUGGCGUGUCCAACAUGAAUCUACCUCUAAGAUCUAAUGUACCAAACCAGGGAACCCUGAACGCACAGAUGUUGGCCCAGCGUCAGCGCGAGUACCUCAGUAACCACCUCCGGCAGCGGCAGCAGCAGCAGGUGGUCCAGCAGCAGAGAGCCAUGAUGAUGAGGACUCAGGGUGUGCCCAGUGGGGGGUCCGCUCCCACGCCGAUGCCCAUGGGAGGCACCAACCCUCGGCUCCCCCAGGGAAACCCUCAGCAGUUCCCCUACCCGGCGUCCAGCUACGGUACCAACCUGCCCUCUCCUCCUCCUCCUCCUCCUCCACCUCCUCAUCCCGGCUCUUCCAGCCCCUUCUCCUCCUCCCCUCUCUCCCCCAGCCAUCACUUGGCUAGCCAGGGCAUGAUGGGAAAUGUAGGCGGACAGUACAGCGGGGUUAUGAGUCCUCCGUCUCAGCACAGUGCCUACCAGUUCAGCAGCUCAGGAAUGAGUCAGCAGCAGCGUCAGGAUCCAGUGUCAGGGUUCCCAUGUGGGGCAGCGACCCCUCAGAGCCCCCUGCUGUCCCCCAGGAUGCAGCAGGGGCAAAGUCCCAUGAUGCAACAGCAGAACCAGGGCCAGCCACAGAACCAGAACCAGGGUCCGAACCAGAGACUCCCCGGGUACCAGCCCAGCAGCGCGUGGACCCAGUCGGCCAACAUCUCCACCAGCAACAGUGUGUACCCGCAGCAGUCCCAGUCGCAGUACUCCACACAACCCACCGCAGGAAUGUAUAAUAACCCCAACACCAUGAACCUGGGAGUGAUGGCAGGCAGCAGCGGGGGAAACAUGAACCAGAUGCCAGGACAGAUGAGCUCCAUGAACACAGAGCAGGUGGAGGACGGCAGUCUGAUCCUGGAGCAGCUGGCCGGGAUGGAGAUGUUGACGCAAGAGAGUGAAGCCAGUUCUAAUUUCUGCUGACCCCGGCUGUGUUUAAGACAAGGUAACACAGGAGAAAUGCAAAAACGUAACUUUGCUCAUGGAGAAUUAACGAGAAGUUGAGGAAACAUGAUGUAAACAUUGCUCCCUCUGUCACACCAGCCAAAUCUGAGGCAAAACAGGAAGAUGACAAUACUGUAAAUGAGAGCGUACACAUGUGUGAGAAACUGGAACAACAGUUUGAGAAGAGAUUGGUUGACGAGCAUAAGUGAAACCUCUGGAUUUGAUCUUUCUAUGGUUCUAUUUGAGAGCCUGACUGAAAAAACAUUGAAUAACAAUGAAGAAAUAUUUUACAGGUAUUUAUAGUUUUGAAGAAGUUUUAGAGAUUAUUUGUAUUUCAUUAAAAAAAAUCAAGGAUAUCUUUCUUUAAGAAAAUCUCAGAAUGGUACAUUAUGAUGUCGAUUUUAAAUUUUAAUAUAUUUCAACUGCUGUAGUUACAGGGGAGCUGUAUCCCUAUUUAAUGACUUUUUGAAUGAAGGUGAAUGUGUAUAGAUAGUGUACAUACUUAGAUUUGAAAUGCCCCUUUUCCUCUAUGUGGCAUUGUUUAACAGCAGUUUGGAGUUUUAGUCCAAUGAACAUCUGUCGGGAGCAGAACUAUUUAUUUGGUUUAAUGAGACCUCAGUGGGUAGAGCUCAAGAAACACAAAUGGAAAAAUAGAAGGUCAAUUAAUCUGGCAUAAACUAAUCAGUAACCUUGCCUGGGUAUUAUGCUAGUCUCUCUUAGCUAGAAAUAAGCUAUCUAAUGCUAUUUUAAUUGACCUCAUUUGAAUAUGAAAGUCUAAACAUCUAAACUCACUAGCUACCCUUAAUCUAGUUUGAGUUUAGCUUACGAGAUAGCCCAAUUGACGUUGUUUCAGGUAAGCUAAAUAGAUAGCCUUCUUACCAUGGCUUCAGAUAAGCUAACUAGAUAGCCUUCUUACCAUGGCUUCAGAUAAGCUAACUAGAUAGCCUUCUUAACAUGGCUUCAGAUAAGCUAACUAGAUAGCCUUCUUAACAUGGCUUCAGAUAAGCUAACUAGAUAGCCUACUUAACCUAGUUCCAGCUAAGCUAAAUGAUACCUUUCUUGACAUGGUUUCAGAAAAGCUAACUUGAUAGCCUUCUAAACAUGGUUUCAGCUAAGCUAACUAGAUAGCCUUCUUAACAUGGCUUCAGAUAAGCUAACUAGAUAGCCUUCUUAACAUGGCUUCAGAUAAGCUAACUAGAUAGCCUACUUAACCUAGUUCCAGCUAAGCUAAAUUAUACCCUUUUUGACAUGGUUUCAGAAAAGCUAACUUGAUAGCCUUCUAAACAUGGUUUCAGCUAAGCUAACUAGAUAGCAUACUUAACCUAGUUUCAGCUAAGCUAACUAGAUAGCCUACUUAACCUAGCCAACAUUCAUUUGCCAAUUGGUACAUACAUUAAAAUGUCCCUACAGUAAAUGAAAAUUACUAAUCAACUCCAUCAUCAGGUCAAAACAGUAAUUUGUCCAAAAACCUGCAUAGCCUACAAUGGCAUUUCCAUUACUGUUUAUCAGCAAUAGCUAGCAUGCUGACACACUUAACUCAAUGGUGAGAGUCUUAGCAUGCUAGCAAUUGCCUGAUAUUUACAUUUAUAGAAUAACACGAGACCUGGUAAACAUUAGAUAUCUGUAGACACGUUAUGUUGACUUUCAGACAUAAAUUGUUUGUGUGCUCUACCUACUGAGGAUUAAACCAAAUAAAUAAUUUCUUCCUCUCAAGCAGCUUUGCCUCUAAAAGAAAUCUGUAUACUAAUAAAACUCCACGCUACUGUGAUUCUUUUCACUACCUGCAGGAGUUCACAGGCAUUUAUAUGAAGCUCUCAGUCUGCUGAAGGAUAAUUCAGACGUUUGUAGUUUGUUGUUUUGGGACUUUGUGUGGGUGAAGCUGUGAUCUCUACAUGACAAGACAGUCUCAAUUUAAAUCAAUCAAAUUAAAACCAAUUCAGAGGGAUGUUAAAUGCAGAAUGAGUAAGAUUGUGUUAAAAAAACAACACAUAUAAAUGUGUGAGGAUGAAAUACAGCUGUCGACAACAUCCUACUUCAAGGAUGAUCUGACCUCAGCCAUAAACAGAUUAUUGGUCCUGAAUCCAAAUGUUAUAUUUAAUGAAGGUGACCCAGAAUCUUUAACACCCAAAGUGUGUUACUCGGGACUAUUUGGCAACAGGUGCUCUCUAUAUGUAUAAGGUGCUGUCUUGUAUAAGCUUUUAAAUUAACAAAAUGUGGACGUCUACUUCACAUGGUCCAAAAAUCUGUUAAGCACAUACUGUAACCAUAGUAUGACUUUUUUUCUGGAAAGAAGAAGGUGAAAAUGAAACACUGAAUUAUUUUACAAUGAUGUUUCCUUCAUGUCCAUCUUGCAUAUUGUACUCCAGUGUGCUAGCAUAUUGUAAAAAUCCCAAAUAUGUUAUCAAAAACCUCGAAGAGUAAAUGUAAGCCAUGGAAAUGUCCUGAAUGUGAAACUCUCUGCAAAGGCAAUCAAGAGCGAAACUCAUGUACAGUACUAAUAAUAUUUUACUGACUGAUACAGUAUACAUAUAUAUAUAUAUUGAAGAUUUUUAGAUGAAUAUUUUAUCAAUUGCAAAAUACUGUAUUUCCUGUAAGUACCUUAAGAUGAAGCAUCAUGCCUUAGAUCUGUGAACUGUAACUGUAAGCUUGACAGGUGAAUUCAUUCUGUCACUGAGUGAGCGUUUCACCACUUCAUACAUAAUUAUAAGUGUAAUAAUUAGACGGCCAGGGUUUUUAGAUUUCUCCCCAAAAAUCCUCACAAAACAACCUGUGUAUCAACUCAUGGAAAUACAAUAAUACUGUGUUGGCAGUUGCUUUUUUGUUAUUGUAGUUAAACUGUAUAUCUCCACAAUGCAUCAGGUAGAUUCUCCUUCACUAACACUGUUUAUUUUGUAUUUCUUUUAAAGGGCAUUUAUAUAAUAUUUGACUUUUGCUGAUUUAUGUUGGUCCCCAGUAUACUGUAUAUACAGUAUAUACUUGUGAUAGAAUUUGAGCUACGGUGGCCUGUAUUUGACAAAGUUAUUUAACCGUAAUGCAAGACGACUCCUGAGAUAAUUAGGGUACCAUUUCUGACAUAAAAUGCUUCAAAAUAUCUAUAUUUUACACAGAAAUCAAUGUAAAAUCAAUGCGGACAGCUGAGGAGAUUUCAUAUAGAAACCCGUUUUUGAAUGUUUCAGUUUCUCCACAUCUUUUUUUGCAAACCUCUAAAGAGAAACGUUAAAACUGCUACAUUUUGCAGACGUUAUAAGAAGUUUUGACCCAAAAACUUUCAUUAUAGGUUAAACUAAUUAAAUGCACCUGAAAAAAAAUCAAUUAUAUUAAAUUAAAGGUCUGUAAAAACAAACAGCUAAUUCUUAUUUGGGCGUUUAAGUUAUAUUUCAGUGAGAUCUUUUUCAAUAUUUUUCAACAUUUUAUAGUUUUUUAGUUAAAAGCCUCUACACUAGGUCUUUAAAGUGACAGUAGAGUCUUUAAAAUACGCUUAUGGCAUUAGUUGUUUAAAUGGUGCUGUCAAAAAGCAAUUCUGACAGGACGUUUUUAUUUAAUUUAAUACAGCUAGUCCAGUUAGAUAGAUGUAAAAUGAAGGACAUCUCAGAAACUGUUGAAAUAAUCAUGAAGACAUUAUUUUGUUUGUGAUAUAAGUCAAACACACCCCUUUUUAGAAUAUCUUUUAAUCACACUUGUGAAUUAUGCCACUGUAUAAAAGUUGUCUUUGUGAUCAGCUGAAAGUGUUUUAGGGUAACAUUUUAAAUCAGUGCGAUGUGUGAUGAAGAUGUUCAGAUUUUCCAACACACACACACAGAUCAUUCAGAGUGUGUGUGAGGGUUUUAUUAUGCAAAAGUCCAGACGUUCACACCACUUUAUGCAAGCUGUCGACUCUAAUGUUGCUUUUGCCAAUGCUGCUGUUAAUUUAUGAUUCAUGCCACUGUAAAUAAAUUAUUUUUAUUGAGCG